UCCAACUCAAAAUUCUUUCUUGGAUUCCCUUGCAACAGCAGUAAAUUGCAGUGCUGCUGCUGCUCUCUCUCUCUCUCUUUGAUUCUCUACAGAAUCCGCAGGCAAGUGCAACGAACAACUGACGCUGUACGUACUGUCGUGAACAAAAAGAUUUUGUUGGCAGCCAUGGCAGUCAGGUUCCGCAACAGCUAUGGGCCUCUUCAGUUCCUCAACUUUGUGCCUUGCAGUACCUUUGAACAGAUGGAGCCAUCUCUCGCGGAAGACUUGUCCAGUUAUUGGGGUGACUUCGUUCCUCACACCAUCGAUUCAAAUUCACUCUCCAAUGCCAACGAUGAAUAUCUCCACCAAGACUACAGUACCCAUUUCCCCCCUUCCUUCCCUGAAGUCGCCUACAACAUCUCGCCGCUGGAAAACUUUCCGGCGCAAGAUGAGCCAUUUGCCUGCUAUUAUGAUGAAGCACUUCAUGCGAAGCGUUUGAGGACCAUUUAUGAAUGUUCUGCUCCAGAUUGCAUGCCAAACAUAUUGCUGGAUCCUGGUGAGCACCCGGCCUUUCGAAACCAGUUAGUCUUGCCGGACUUCUUGCCGGUGCUUCCGACUCCAAAUAUUAAUGCGUCCUACGUCGAUCCGAAUGUGCAAAAUCUGGAGGCAGACGCUACAGCAUUGUCACCACAGAGCAUUGCUGCCAGGCAGAGGAGGAAGAGAAUAAGUGAGAAGACUCAGGAGCUUGGAAGGCUCAUUCCUGGGGGUGUGAAGAUGAACACUGCCGAGAUGCUUGCCGCUGCUGCAAAGUAUGUCAAAUUCCUGCAGGCCCAAGUUGGAAUUCUACAGUUUCUCAAGCAUUCUUCCCCUGCCCAUCAGGAAGAGGUCUGUGCUACAUCAACAAGCAAUAUGCAGUUGCACCAGCUUCUUUCGUCCCCAGCCAUGCAAGAGAAACUAUACGGAGAAGAGACGUGCAUCGUGCCUUUUAAGUCUGUAAGAUAUCUUGCAGAAGAUCCCGACCUGCAAAAAAGCGAAUCAAUUUCCAAGGACCUGAAGAAGAUGAUACAAUAAUCUCAGGAGACUCGUCAAACGGUUUCGUUCACGUGAAUUCACAUACACAGUGAAAAGUUCAACGAAAACGCUGAGGUGCAGAUUGUGAGAAUUACAAGUGGGUGCAUUUACUAACUGCAACUGAUCAUAUAUCUAACAUCAUGAUUAAUUACUAUGUACGUGCCGGAUGUGAAGAUGCAAAAUAUUCUUUUUCCUUCCAUAUGAACUUUCUUCCUAGUUAGAGUAA